AUGUCGUUAUUACCUGAAAUCAUUUCUUAUUUAAACUCAGACGCUUCAGGAUUAAAUGAUUUUAUAGCCUAUCUUUCAAAAAAUCAUUGUCUAGAAACCCUCCAAUUCAUCCAAGAUACCUCGAGAUACCGAGUAUGUUACGCAGAGAUAGUCGAGGAUGAAAAAAUCCCUUGGGAGUAUCUAAGACGCCAUUACGGUUAUCUGCAGGAACUAUGGGAUGAUCUCCUAGGCGCCUAUAUCCUUCCUAACGGAGAUCGCGAGGUCAACCUACCUUGUGAAGUUAGGACCCGACUUCUUGGGUUGCGUUCUUCUUCAUUGCCUCCACAUCCAUCGGAGCUGGAUGAUGCCAUCCAAAUUGUCCUUGAGCUCAUGGAGGACUCGAUCCUCCCUGGGUUCUUGAAGUCUUAUGAGUCACUUGAUCAAUCUAGAGGUGGAUUGGUUGGUGGCUGGAGGGGACUUCUCGGCGGAUUUUCACGGACAGUUUCAACGCCCACAUCAGAAGGGGACCACGAGGAUUCUGUAUCGCGGUCUUCCGGUUCAAGAGAGGACGAUAAGGACACUCAAUGUACACGCCGCCUCUUCCUAAAAGCUGCCCUCGCAUCACCUCGCAGGCAUCUUCUGCGGCCUUUAGAAAAGUUACUUGACCAUACUGUCUGCAGUGUCAGGAGUAUGAGAUGGUUCAAGGAGCCACUAGAGAAAGAUGGAGCAGCAGACACUGAGAUCGACACUAAAGAUAAGUGA